AUGCACAGUUGGAGGGUAAAGUUCGUGUCGAAAAAUUUUCUAAAUUACAAAAUCAACUUCACAUCUCAGAGGGCAUUGUUCAGUAAAUCCUCAAAUGAAAAUGAAUCCUUAACUAAGGCCGGUUAUAAAGUUGCCUACGUCCUGGCUAAAAGUGGCAAACCGUUUACAGAUGGUGAAGUAGUGAAGGAAUGUUUGUUGGAGGUGGCUGAGGAACUUUGCCCAGAAAAGUCGAAACAAUUUAAAAAUGUAGCUUUGGGUGCAAAAACCAUUGCCCGCCAUGUUGCAGACAUGGGUGAAAACAUUGUGACUCAAAUAGCGAAAAAUGCAAGCAAGUUUCGCCAUUUUUCAAUUGCAAUGGAUGAAUCGCUGGACAGCUGUUCCACCUCUCAACUGCUUGUGUUCAUUAGAGGUGUGGAUGAAGACAUGAACAUAACACAAGAGCUGGCUUCCCUACAUAGCAUGUAUGGCACUGUUACCGGAGAGGAUACAUUCAAUGAAUUGAAAAAAACAGUUGCUGAUUAUAACUUGGACUGGACUAACCUCAGUUGCCUGACUGUUGAUGGAGGAAAGAACAUGAGUGGCAUAAAGAAAGGCUUGGUUGGACAAGUGAAGCAGAUGUGUAAUGAGAAAAACAUUCCACAACCAAUGUUCCUGCACUGUAUUAUUCACCAGCAAGCUUUGUGUGCUAAAUAUGUGGACAUUAGCAGUGUACUGAAUCCUGUGGUGAAGAUGGUGAAUUUAAUAAGGUCAAAUGGGCUCAACCAUAGACAGUUCAGAGACAUGUUGAAAGAUACUGACACAGAAUCGCAAGAUUUGCCAUAUUACACAGCAGUAAGAUGGCUAAGUUGUGAGAAAGUUAUGAGCAGAGUAUUUGAAUUAAGAAAGGAAAUAGGUGACUUCCUGGAAAGUAAAGGCAAGCCACAGCCAUUACUAUCUGAUGAAGAGUGGGUAUGGAAAUUGGCCUUUGCUGCAGACAUAACUAGUCAUUUAAAUUUUCUGAACCUAAAACUACAAGUAGAGAAAAAUCUAGUUUCUGAUCUAUUCACCCACCUAAAGGCCUUCAGAUCUAAACUUGUCUUGUUUUUGGAACAAGUACAGGCCAACAACUUGACGCACUUUCAGCAGUGCAAGGUCUUCAUGGCUGAAGCAACAGCUGAGUUCCCCACGUCAUUUGCAUGCGAGAUCAUCAAAGACCUCCAGCUGCAGUUUCAGGAGCGGUUUUCUGACUUGGAUUCAAAGGCAGAAGAAGUGAGACUGUUUCAAAACCCAUUUGAGGCAGAUGUGGCCAAUUGCCCAGAUGAACUGCAGCUGGAGGUCAUUGAGUUGCAAGCAAAUGACUUCCUUAGCGACAAGUUCAAAGAAGGACUGGUGGGUUUUUACCAGUUUUUGCCUAAGGAAGACUUUCCUAUUGUCAAAACUUUUGCAUCAAGGUACCUUUCAAUCUUUGGAACAACAUACUUGUGUGAACAAACAUUUUCAAGAAUGAACAAUUUGAGAACAAACUUGUCUGAUGAUAAUCUCCUGUUGAUGUUAGGGACAUCAAAUCUAAAGCCAGAAAUGUCUGCUAUUUUGGCAUCCAGGAAACCAUUUCACCAUUCCCACUAA